UGCCGAGCUCCAGGCCGGGUCUUGGAGCCGGCCCCGAGGGGAAUGUCCGGACUCGGGUCGGUCCCUCGCGGCCCGGGAAUUUCCAGCAGGCAGAAAAAGUCCACGAACCUCGUCCUGCUCGCGGCCCCGCCCACCCGGCCGCCUCCGUGCCCACGCAGCCCCGCUGGGACCAGAGGAUGACCCGAUUGUGCGUUUCAGAAAAGAGGCCCUUGGCUUCCCCCGCUCUCACCCCACACUGGUGUCGUGAACCAGAAACCCAACCCUAUAAAGGGGGCCCGGAGAGGUCCGGUCUCGCCACGCGGUCAGACGCUGUUCUUAGAGAAAAAGGCUGCUUAACGGCUGCUUAUCAUGCGAUCUCGAAAGGAAGCUCCUCGUCUUUCUCUUGCUCUCACGUAUUUGGGUUAUUAUCGCUGAUUACAGCUGGAAACUCUUUGCUUUUACUUAUUCGUAUCACUUGGCUCUUCAAACACAAAGUUGAGCCCCAUAUGGGGGUUGGAAGGCAGCAGAGGGGACCCUUUCAAGGUGUUCGUGUGAGAAACUCGGUGAAGGAACUCCUGUUGCACAUUCGGAGUCAUAAACAGAAGGCUUCUGCCCAAGCUGUGGAUGGUUUUAAGACACAAGGUGUGAACGUAGAGCAAUUCACAGAACUGAAGAACACAGCAUCAUACAGUGGGAAACGGAAAGGGCCUGAUUCGUCGUCUGAUGGACCAGCCUGCAAAAGGCCGGCUCUGUUGCAUACCCAAUUUUUGACACCACCCCAAACACCAACGCCAGGGGAGAGCAUGGAAGAUGUCCAUCACAAUGAACCCAAACAUGACAGCAGUGCUGAUCUGCUUCAGAACAUUAUCAACAUUAAGAAUGAAUGCAACCCUGUCUCCCUGAACACGGUCCAAGUUAGCUGGAUGAGCCCUGUGGUCGUCCCCCAGAGUUCCCCCAGAGAGCAGUGUCAGGGCUUCCAUGGAGGGCAGCUCUUCUCUCCACCGCAGAAAUACCAGCCAUUCCCAGUCAGUGGCUCCCCGCAGAUGAUGGACCAGGCUUCCUUGUUCCAGUAUUCUCCACAGAACCAGCAUGUGCAGCCGCAGCAACAGCACCACUAUACCCACGACCCGAGUCUGGAAUAUGCUCUUUAUUCCAGAGCUCCAUCCCCCACCUAUGAACCAAAUCUCUUUGACGGUCAGAAACUGCAGUUCUGCCCAGACCAAAGUUUUGCAUCUCUUCUAAGUAAUCAUGGGGAAUCUGAGAAUGUUGCUCUUCCCCUUCAGACUGCCCCCAGCAUCCAGCAACAAAGUGAUGCCGGCCCCCCGACCUUCAGUGUGAUGCCAGACAGCGCCUGUGAGGCCAUGCCGGGGCACGAGGCAGCCUCUCCCCCUUUAAGCACCUCACUGCCAUUUCAGAACAUCACCGAAGGGCCAAUGAACACCACACAGUUAGGAAAGUCAUUUUUUCAGUGGCAAGUAGAGCAGGAAGAAAGCAAAUUGGCAAACAUUUCCCAAGACCAGUUUCUCUCAAAGGAUGCAGAUGGUGACACGUUCCUCCACAUUGCUGUUGCCCAAGGGCGAAGGGCACUUUCCUAUGUCCUUGCAAGAAAGAUGAAUGCGCUUCACAUGCUGGAUAUUAAAGAGCACAAUGGCCAGAGUGCAUUUCAGGUGGCCGUGGCUGCCAACCAGCACCUCAUUGUUCAGGACCUGGUGAACCUCGGGGCCCAGGUGAACACCACAGACUGCUGGGGACGAACGCCUCUGCAUGUCUGUGCUGAGAAGGGCCACUCCCAGGUGCUUCAGGCAAUUCAGAAGGGAGCUGUGAGGAGCAAUCAGUUCGUGGAUCUUGAGGCAACCAACUAUGAAGGCCUUACCCCUCUCCACUGUGCGGUGCUGGCCCACAAUGCCGUGGUGCAUGAACUCCAGAGAAACCAACAGCCACAUUCACCUGAAGUUCAGGAGCUGUUACUGAAGAAUAAGAGUCUGGUAGACACCAUUAAGUGUCUGAUUCAAAUGGGAGCAGCAGUGGAAGCUAAGGAUCGGAAAAGUGGCCGCACAGCUCUGCAUUUGGCGGCCGAAGAAGCAAACCUGGAACUCAUUCGCCUCUUUUUGGAGCUGCCCAGUUGUCUGUCUUUUGUGAAUGCAAAGGCGUACAAUGGAAAUACUGCCCUCCACGUUGCUGCCAGCCUGCAGUAUCGGUUGACACAGUUGGAUGCGGUCCGCCUGCUGAUGAGGAAGGGAGCAGACCCGAGUACUCGGAACUUGGAGAACGAACAGCCCGUGCAUUUGGUUCCUGAUGGCCCUGUGGGAGAACAGAUCCGACGUAUCCUGAAGGGAAAGUCCAUUCAGCAGAGAGCCCCGCCAUAUUAGCUCCACUGACUCGGAGCCUGGUCGGCAACACUCACUGUCAGUUAGGCAGUCCUGAUGUAUCUGUACAUAGACCAUUUGCCCUGUAUUGGCAAAUGUAAGUUGUUUCUAUGAAACAAACAUAUUUAGUUCACUAUUGUAUAGUGGGUUAUAUUAAAAGAAAAGAAGAAGAAUAUCUAAUUCCUCUUGGCAGAUUCGAAUAUUUCAUACCCAGGUAUCUGGGAUUGAGACACCUGAAUUUAAUCUGAAAGGUAGUUGAAAGGACUUCAACUAACGGCUUUUGGGUAGGAAAAGACUUUGAUUUGUAUGCUAUGAGGCAUUGCUCACGUAGCUCUUGCCAGUUUAAAGGCAGGUAAAUUGUAAACAUUUCUUUAAGAAAAAUGAAUGCAUUUGAAAGGAAAAAAUAUUAUAUAUGCCUGUUGUGUUAAGGCUGCUUUUGGCCUGAUGCAGUAUCUGGCAGUUAUCAUUGGUGGUGUAAAGUUUCUAGUCAUUGGACUAGAUGGAAAAUGUCCAUUGUUAAAAUUUGAUCUCUGCAGACUGUAUAUAAUUGUUGUAUUUGUUUAAAAAUAGAGAACCUGUACAUAUUUGGCCAUUAACAUGGCCACAUUUCACUUUGCUAUUUUACUCAUUUGAAAUGUAAAUGAAUAAGAUGGCAAAAGAGCCAGUGAAUUGUCACUAUUUUUAAGGAUUACACACAUUCGGAAGAGCUGUUAUUUUAUCAUCACCCAACCAAAGUCUCCAUAGAGGUCCCCGGUGGAGGGUGGUUCCCUUGGUGCUGAUCAAGCUGCGUUGGGACCCUAAAUGUGCGUGUUCUCACACAUCAAGACGAAACCUGUGUGGGGAACUAAAUGCAGGCUCUGGAGCACCUCUUUAUGCCUUGCUUUCUAGAAUUUAUAGUUUACGUGUUCUCUUGGAAUUUUUGUUUCACCUUGAUGUGAACAACAGAAAGUCAAUAUUGAAACAUGUCUUACUGUUUUCCUAGUGUAAAAUAAUGAUAAUAUGCCAUGAUGUUUUAUAGGGUUACUCAGAAAGCAUGCUUUGUGUUAUUUUUUAGGAGCCUUAAUCCAUUAAUGUUAUUUUGCUUACCUCUGAUAUGCCUCGAGAAACUUCUUUGGCUUUGAUUGCACACUAAUUCUUUAUAAUAAAUUUGGUUCAUUAAAAACUUUUUCUUUUUCUGUUUUUCUAAAAGAGGAGUCUCACAAAUGACUGACAGAUAGUCAUCUUUGUAGCUCAGUACUUAAAUCCUUUUUGAGAUGCCGACCCCCCUUGGAUUGAUCACAUUGUUUGACCCAGUAUGUCUUGUGGACAGAAGUUACCUUUGCUUGCUGUCUGUGACUACAGUUGUGAUACAAACCAGUCUGUUCACACUGGAAAAAUUUAUGCAUGGUUUUAAAUAAACUUUAAUUCAACAAUAAUAUUCAUCUUAAGGAUGUGCAUUUUCUUUUCCUAGACCUUAUUUAUAUUUUCCCUAAGUAGAAAAGUGCUAUUCAUUUCUAAUCUAAAUAACUUUUAAAUUAGUUUUUUUUAAAACUACUUUAAAAUCAGUAUGUUUUAAUUUGGGUUUUUUGGAAAAUGUUUCCUGAAGAUACACGCACAAGAUUUAACACCAAAAAAACCCACCAGGUUUCUGUUAAGAUCUGAAAAUGCGGUGGAAGUUCAGUUAAAAAAAAAACCCCAAACCACUGCCGUUGAGUUGAUUCUGACCCAUGGCGACCC